AUGCUCCAGGCCUCCAGGGCCCGUCGAGGUCUCGCCCAUGUGGCUUCGCUCCACGCCCAUGACGCCAUGAAGCAGGUUGUCAGGUUCUGGGUGCCAAAAAAGGCCAAAGCUGGUGGGCCAAUCGCUCGGCCAAUCGCUCUGUAUCUGCCGAUCUUUUGCCUUGUUGAGCGAAUGGGAAUUUGCAAUGUGCCUCUUGAAAUCACGACCCUGCCCUCCAGACCCAAACGAAAAACCGAGUCCACAGCACCUCAAGCACCUCAGGGGCCAAGUUCGUGGGCAGCGUGCCCUUUGCCCUUGCACCUCUCCUUUCUCCCCUGUAUCGUGCUCUUCCUCGCACACAGGUCGGCGUUUGUCCCCGAUGCGCCCCCGGAGACGGCUGAGGAAAUGGACAGAGAGAACAGACGCGAGCGCGGUGCGGCUGUUGCUCGUGCUAAAAGCAACACCCGCCCGGUACAUUGGGGGGGGGGGUGGGGAGGGGAGGAAGGCACAAGGGGGCAAUUGGAGGGGAGGAAGGCGAUGCAGAGGAGAAGGCACCCGGACAAAGCCGCUAGGGGCAAGCAAAGGAAAGGAGCACAAGGAACCGCCGAGCCGAGCAGCUUGCCUUCGGGGAUUUCGCAUGGGCCCAGGGGCCAGUGCUGCCCGCGUCUCGAGGAGAGGCUCAUGGUCCAGCCACAGCAGACAGCAGGAACCAUGAAUGACCAGCCCUCACCAUCCGAGGUCGACGAGUCGCCCUUGUCCGGAGGCGCCAUGGAUGGUAGCUCGCAAUCCACCCUUCAGCCCGUCGAAUCUCCCAUCCCCCUCAUACCUCCGCCAUCGUCCGCAGCCACGCAAGACGCGGGACACGACCCCGUGCCUCAACAGACGCCUAGCGCCCGUUCCUCAUGGAGCGCCAGCUCAGGUCGUCAGCCCGGUCACAGCCCCGACCUGUCCGACAGGGUGUUCCCUAUUCGAUCCGUCGUCAGCGUCAACCCCGCCGGUCGAACAUCUGGCGAGCACGGCUACUUCCCACGCAUGCCCGACCAUGGCCAGUACACCGCAGCUCGACCCGACGCCCCGCGCCCGCGCCGCUCCGACUCGGUGUCCCAGCCUGCCGCCUCCGCCGUCACGUCCCCCACCGACGACCGCCAGACCGCGCGAAACCGUCGCAAGCAUACCUCCUCCGGCCCCAUAUCGAGCAUACAAGCCGACGCCGCCCGCCACGCCAACUCGAUGCCCUUGCCCAUCUUUGAAAGCGAUGCUUGCGGCUCCGAGGGGGGCCACUCCUCCCGUCUGGACCGGUCGAACACCAGCCAGCCAUCGCACGCACAGCCGGUUUCGACGCCUGCCGGCUCGGUGCCUGACAGCCACGGGCUCAUCCUGCCGAGGUUCCGCCACGUCACGACGGACGACGGCCACGCCGUCAUUACAGGGCCCGACGCGGUUUUGCAGCACUGCGAGGACGAGCCGAUACAUACCCCUGGCGCCGUGCAGGGCUUUGGCCUUCUGCUGGCCCUUCGCGAAGACCAGGAGGGGGGCUUUUCGGUCCGCUACACCAGCGAAAACUCAGAGCGCAUCAUUGGCUACUCGCCGAAGCAGCUCUUCAACCUGGCAAGUUUUCUCGAUAUUUUGAGCGAGGAGCAACAAGACAACCUCCUCGAUCACAUCGACUUUAUUCGGGAUGAGGAUGCCGAUCCUGCCACCAACGGGCCCGAGGUGUUCAGCUUGACGGUCCGCUCGUCGGGACGAAAGAGCACCAAGCUGUGGUGCGCCAUUCACAUCAAUCCAGCUCAUCCCGACCUCAUCAUUUGCGAGUUUGAGCUCGAUGACGAUCACCUAUACCCUCUACGCCCGGCGGACGGAGGUCGUUCCCGACGGCGCCUGAAGGACACCCUCCGAUCCGACCCCACCAUGGAAGGAAGCUUUCCAGCAGCACCGAGAUACUCAGCAAACCGCUGA